CAGUUUAAGUUUCCCUUUGUCUCACCUUCCAUUAUCUUUCCUCUCCUCCCCCUUCUCACUCCCUCUCUUCUUCGCCUUCUUCGAACCCUAAGCGUUCAAACCCUACCCUUCGCCGAGUUCUUGAUUUCUCAUCGGCCUUCGCGGCAAUGGGGGCAUUGCAGGAGGUGCGCGGGGGAGGAGAAGCGGACUGAGGAGAUCUGGUGGGUGUGCCAUGGGGAAAUCCGAGGACGAGCAGCCGACGCCUUCGCAUCAGGCGGCCCUUCAGGAGGCAGCCGCGGAGAAUGCCGGCGCCCGGUGCCCGAGCUGCCGCUUGAUCGGGCGAAUCGCGAGGCCGCGCUGCGUCGCGUCGCUCAUACUCAGCCUCGCCCUGCUGCUGUCGGUGGUAUUCUGGUUGCCUCCGUUUGUGAGGCGGUACGAGGGCUCCGGGCGCCCCGAUAAGGACCCGCGAUUCACAGCUGAUAUUGUUGCGAGCUUCAAAUUGCAAAAGCCAGUUGCUUUGCUAAGUUCCAAUAUUGGAAAACUUCAAGUUGACAUUUUUGAAGAAAUUGGUGUUCCUGAUUCCUCGGUAGCUAUAAUCUAUCUGGAACCUUUGAGUGGAUUGAACUGGACAAAUGUGGUUUUCGGUGUUUGGCCUUAUCCAAAGAGUUCAACUCUAUCAUCGACUGGGCUAAGCAUUCUCCGGGCCUCUUUUAUGUCCUUGGUUAUACGGCAGUCAUCUCUUCACUUGACUUCAUCCUUGUUCGGAAACUCAUCAUUCUUUGAGGUGCUUAAGUUUCCUGGAGGGAUCACCAUAAUACCUUUUCAAAAAGCUUUUCUUUUGCAAAAGGUGCAAAUGCUUUUUAAUUUCACUUUAAACUUUCCUAUCUAUCAAGUUCAAGAUAGAAUCGAUGAACUGGAGGACCAGAUGAAGGCUGGAUUACUACUCAAUUUGAAUGAGAAUCUCUAUAUUAAAUUGACAAAUAUGAAUGGCUCCACGGUUGCUCCUCCAACAAUUGUUCAAACCUCCAUUGUACUUGCAGUUGGCAAUCGGCAGCCAUCUUUGCCGAGGUGGAAGGAGUUGGCUCAAACGAUUCGAAAUUCUUCUGCAGGAAACCUCGGUCUAAAUCACACCUUAUUUGGUAGAGUAAAGCAAAUACGCUUGUCCUCUUUUGCUCAGCAUUCCUUUAAUAGUGGAGGCGAUACUGCUUCACCAAGUCCAGCUCCUCAACCAAAACCAGACCAUCAUCCUCAUCAUCGGCACCACUCCCAUCAUCACUAUAAGCAUCAUUUUCCUAUGCACCAUGCUCCUGGUCCUGCUUCUGAUACUCAUGAUCAUCGAGCUUCAGCUCCUUCUGGUUGCCGAUAUGGAUUUUCAAGCAGGCCAAAAAACAUAGGUUAUGUAACUCCUGCUGCUGCACCUGCUGAUGCUCCGAAGCUUUCUGCUGCUGCACCAGCAGCAGUUAAGGGGCAUUCGACUAGGCCUGUGAGUUCUCCACAUCAUUUUGGUGCACCAUUGAAUGCUCCACAGCAUUUACAUGCUCCUCGGGCUCAUGAAGAAUCACCAGUUCCAGCUCCAAACAUCAAAUCGGCGUCUCCUUUGCCUGCUGUUUCUUUUACUCAUCAGCAACCUCCUAGUGAGAACAUAACAGAUACCAAGCCUCCUGAUGGGACGUCAUCAAUUUCACCUUCACCAUAUACAUCUUCUGCUUCAGGCAGAUGUUUCGUCCAUUUGGUUUUUGCACUACUUCCGUACGCGUUACUGAGUCUGCGGUGAAGAAAGAAAGCUUUUGUUUCUCUGGAAUCUGAUAACUCUAUCUAUUAGAAGCCGGACAAAGUACAUGGUGUCUUAAAAGAGAGUAGAAGUUUGCAGGGAGGGUGCAGAAAACUUGUGCACCAUGUAAUCUGGAGGUAACUUUGAUGAAUGUAUAUAUGGAUAAAUGCAGUCGGCAAAUGUCUUUUUUCCGGUCAAAGCCACAGAGGUGGCAGGCCACUGUUAGAUAUGUUGUCAAGCUGCAAUGUACUGUUCCCAUGGAAAUUUAAGAAAUGUAAUAAUUUCCUGUUUGCUUCGA